CCUGUUAUAGUCGAAACUUUGCACCAAAAGGAAUCGGUUUUGGCGCAGGAGCUGGAGUACUUCAAAUGUGAUUUUUGCAUG